AUUAACGGGAGCGGUUGGUGAACACGAGAGCUAGUGAAAAGAAGAGUUCGUUUGAUUUGUUUCAGCCCCAGGACCGAGGCGUUGAGGUGGCGUGACUGGCGUGAAUUCGGCGUGCCCUGUCUGCAAUCCUGCCUUUCACCCCAGGACCGAGGCGUUGAGGUGGCGUGACUGGCGUGAAUUCGGCGUGCCCUGUCUGCAAUCCUGCCUUUCAGUAAGGUUUCAGAAUGGCCUCUGACGAUGGUGUGAGCUACAUCGUGCCGGGAGGUUUUGGAGAAAAGCACCGGCGGGCCAGGAACUGGACCGACUCGGAGAUGAAGGCCCUGAUCUACGUCUGGGAGGAGUUCUACGGCGCGCUCAAGGGCUCCAAGAGGAACGCCAAGAUCUACGAAAAGAUGGGCAACCGACUCUACGAGAUCACAGGGGAACACAGGCACCGCGAGGAGAUCAAGAUGAAGAUUACAAACAUGUCUUUCCAAUACAGGAAAUUGAAGCAUACGACCAAUGGCGUAGGCUCAUCAGACUGGCCCUACUACAAGAUGAUUGAGAGGAUCUUAUCGAAACCCCCUGGCUGUGGGAAAGACGAACCGCUAGACCCCCAUCAGGCUGGACCGUCCUCCGAGAACCCAGAGGUGUCUGUGCCUGUGCCGGGAGCCUCACCUGUGCACGGUUUCAUCCCUGAGUACACAGGCUCUUCCGACGAGAAGGACCUCAUAGACGACGAGGAGCUGUCUGACAGCUCUAUGAGCUUGCACUCAGCAGAUUCCAGGAGCCAUACGUUCCCGGCGAAACGGAGACGCGUGCCACAGCCAUCGCCCUCUCCCUCGCUGCGGAAGAGGAAGGUACGUGUGCUGGAGGCCAUGUUGCAGGAGCAGCGGAAGAUGCGGCGCGCCAUGGAGGAGACGUGCCGCGAGGUGCGCCGCGUGGUGCAGCAGCAGAACCUGCUGCAGGUGCAGAGCCAGCAGCUGCAGGAGCGCAUGAUGAACCUGCUGGAGAAGAUGGUGUGGCCCCGAGAGGCGCUGCCGGCCCCAUCACCGGCUGCGGGCCUGAAGAGCUGAUAAGCCGCACUGGGGGACAGAAGUACGGAGGCCUGGGAGGGACAUGUAGAGCGUUACACAAGGCUUCUCUUUUAUUGUGUACAUAUACCCUUCAUGUUGACAGGGCGUCAUACUUGCAUCUUUUCAGUGAUCGCAGCUAAGCCAAAAACUGGGGACAUUUCACUCCAUACAUUUGUUCUGCCUCACGUUUGUUCCUUCACUUAAGGAGCUAAAGACCUAAAUAAUGUCAGACCAUUUAAUUAGGAAAUGUUAUUCCUGGAGAAGUAAGACUGCAUGGUAUAUCCGUGAUUUGGAGGAGGACUGUUCCAUGGAAUUUCUCAUUGUUUCACUAAUGUAAUGUUCACUAAUGUAUGUUAAAACACAAUGAUACACUGCUCCACUGCAAUUACAUUAGCAAAACAAAAAUCUAUGUUUCUUUCUGUGGCAUGCCAAAGCUAUUUGUUCUCAAAUUAUUUCUGUUGGCUGGAAGGUAGAUUAAGAUGCCUUUAUUACACACAUAUAGGAUAAAUUGCUUAGGCUGUU